AUGGGGUUUAAAUGGACGCAGGACUCAGUCAGCAUCACAGCAGACACAAGACGACGAAGAAGCAGAAGCAGAAGAAGAAGCAGCUCAUCCUCCUCACCAUGAAGACUCUGUGUUUGACUCUGCUGCUGCUCUCAGUCUACUGCUGCUGCGACGCCAUGCCUGCAGCGCUGCAGGCCACCGCUCCUGGAAGAUGCUGCUUCGGCUUCCAGACCCGAUCUUUGCCCCUGAGGCUGGUGUCCGGCGUGGUCCGGACCCACAGCGCCUGUCUGAAGCCGGCCUUCAUAGUCCGGACCAUCAGAGGACGAGACUUGUGCUACAGCCAGACGUCCCAGUGGGCUCUGGACGUCUACAACAGAACCACCAGGCCUGAAGGCAGCGGACAGUGAACGCCUGCUGCUGCAUCACACUGUGAUAAACCAAUGUCUGGUUUUACAGGCUUAAGUUAUGAAGACUUGUUCUAUGUUUUUUAAUAAAACACGGUUGAUGUGAA